UCAUAAAUAAUUCUCGCCCUUCAAAUGAAUCAUUUAAAUUGCAAAAGAGUAUUUUUAAGUGGAUAAAAUCAUAAUUAUUUUGACAUUUAAGUGGAAAAACCGAGUGGAAGAGUUUAACAAGAGAAAACAAGUUUAACAAGGUGACUUAACAGCGCUGAUGUCAAGGAAGUGGCCCAUUUUUUUAAUGCACCUGUCCCACUCGGACACUCGACAUUGACUUUCACUGCCAAAUAUGUUUACUCUGCUGCUGUUGAACGUUGUUUUUGCCCUGGUUACAGGACAAUAUUACGAAGGUUCUUAUCAGGACACUUCGCCUGUUUCUGCACAAUGCUUGCAGUGUAUAUGCGAGGCAAGCACGGGAUGCGAUCUUAACAUGGGCUGCCAUAAUGCGGGUCAUGGAGCGUAUUAUUGUGGUCCAUAUUUAAUAUCGUGGGCAUACUGGAGCGAAGGUGGUAAAGUAGGACAAGAUCCUAGAAAUCCUCAUGAUUUUGAAGUGUGUUUGAAAGAUAAAACAUGCUCCGAGCAGACCAUUCAAGGGUACAUGACAAAGUGGGGUUACGAUUGCGACAAAGAUGGAGACGUCGAUUGUUACGAUUAUUCUAGUAUACAUAAAGCCGGUCCUUACGGGUGUAACGGUACAUGGUACAAGAAUACCGAUUACUGGAGACUGUUUGAGAAUUGUUUCUAUUAAAAUUCAGCGACAUCAUUGAAGCGUGCUUAACAUUGUUCAAUUGAUUUGCAAUUUUUCAGCUGUAGUUACGACUAACAUUACUUUAUAUGUUUUGUAGGCAUUAAUAUUUUAACUGUAAUUAAUUUUAUAUAAGCUUCAAUACUUUAUCUUUAUGUUUAUCUUGAGUCACAUCAUUGUGUCACCAGUGUUGAUGGGGCAUUAAAAUGACUUUUUUAUAUCAAAUAAACCAAU